AUGCAUCAGGUACUUACUACUGCAGAAAUCCCUCAGUGCCCACGCUGGCAUCAGAUGGCUCUAUGGCUUGGAUGGGCCGGGAACAUCAUCCUGGUGGCAGCUGUGAUCGUGUUUGGUGUUUGGGGUCAGACUGGAAGAGAGACAACAACAAAUGGAAUUGAAUGUAAUUCCAGCCUGAAGGUUUCCCAGUCUUGGUUGAAUCAAAGUUUGUAUCCAAAGCCAGACAACAACUCAACAGAAGCAUCAGGGUGCAAGCUCUGCCCCCCAAACUGGCUACUGCACACGGACAAGUGCUACUGGGUGUCUAAAGAAAAAACUCCCUGGAACAAGAGCCGCGACGACUGUUCAAAGAGGAGUGCUCGACUGUUAACGAUUCGAGAUCAGGAUGAGAUGGCCUUCAUACAAACUACUUCCAAAGAUACAAACCAGAUCUGGCUUGGACUCACCAUUACAUUCCCUGCAAGGAAAAGGAUUUGGGUGGACGGCUCCCUGUUAAAUCAAACACUGUUCAACGUAGUGGAUCCUGCUGAAGGGAACAGCUGCGGGGUGAUAAAAGCAGAUCAGAUUCAUUUUGAAACCUGCAGUGCUGUAUCUAAAUGGAUUUGUGAAAAAGAUGCUCUUCUGAUAUAGACAGUGACAUUAGUGCUCUGCACUUGUGUGUGCGAAGGACAAAUCCUCUGUAGUGUCAGUCUGUCACGUGAAUGAUGAAUAGCGUAGGUGAGCUUCAAAGGGAAAAAAUGGACUUAUGCCCUUUCCCCUUCCCUGCUUUUAUAAGGUGGAUAGAAAUGUCCCCGAAGCCUUUUCUUGCAUUUGAAAUUCAGGUCCUGUCUGGGCUGGAUGAUUAUAGUGAAGGGAGAACCAGUGA